CUAUAAUGAAAAAGGCAAACUAAAUUUUUCCAACCUGUCACCCUACACGAUCAGCUUCAUCCUCAAACAUCGCAUGGGACAAUCUCUCUUCGUAAGAGCAAAGACAGUCACUCAGACGCUUGAAAGCUUUUUUGCUUCUCCAGAUGAAUUCAUAUUGGUGGAGCACACCCCCAUAUGGUGCAAAAAUACACACGGCAUGAGGGUCCUAGUCUGUGAAGAAGAGAAGCAAAUCAUUGUUGAAGAAGCAAGACGGAUAUGGGACAAUAUGAAAAUGCUAAAUGGAAAUACAGAACUGAAUUGCAAAAUGACAUCGGAUGGGUAUUUGAAGCUUUGGCAGCUUAAGAAGCCGCAGCUUUUUGCAUAUGAUGCCAUAUUUGUGGAUGAAGCACAAGACUGCACGCCAGCCAUCCUGGACAUUGUGCUGUCCCAGACCUGUGGAAUAAUCUUUGUAGGAGACCCACACCAACAGAUCUAUACCUUCCGAGGUGCUGUCAAUGCGCUCUUCACAGUGCCACACACCCACAUCUUCUAUCUCACACAGAGUUUCAGAUUUGGCCCUGAAAUAGCUUACGUUGGAUCUACUAUCUUGGAUGUCUGCAAGAAAAUCCGGAAUAAGAUGUUAGUGGGUGGAAAUCAAGAGGGUGAUGUCAGAGGCAGCACGAAUGGAAAGACUGCUUUCUUAUCACGGGGCAAUUUGAAUGUGUUUGAGAAUGCAGUGACAAUUACUGGAGGAGAGAGACCAACAAAAAUACACUUGCUUGGGGGGCCUAAAAAUUUUGGACUAGACAAAAUUCAUGAUAUUUGGAAACUCCUUCAACCUGAAGAGGCCCGUGUGAGAUUGAAACUCCAAAUUGAUGACCACUUUAUCAAAAAGUGGGUUGAAAAGGAUGGCUUCCAGGGUUUAAAGAACUAUGCAGCCAAAACUGAAGACAGGGAGCUGGAGGUGAAGAUCACAAUAGUGGAGAAAUACAAUGUCCGCAUUCCCGAGCUGGUGGCGAGGAUAAAGAACAGUCACGUAUCAAAUAUAGCAUUUGCAGAUUAUGUGAUAGGCACCGUGUACAAAGCCAAAGGCCUGGAGUUUGAUACUGUGCUGGUUGCAGAUGAUUUUAUGAAAGUCCCUUGUGCCAGGCAUAAUCUCCAGAGGCUGCCUCACUUUAUCACUGACAUGUCUGCUGAAGAUGAAUGGAACUUGCUGUAUGUUGCAGUGACUCGUGCCAAAAAGCAUCUGUUAAUGACAAAGUCCCUGGAAUAUCUUUUGACUUUGGCUGGGGAGUAUUUCUUGCGGCCAGAGUUGACUAGUGAGGCCUUAAAGGAAGGGGCAAUUCAUUGUUCCGUGUCACAGUGCCACAAUGCUGUGCCUGCUGACUCGAUUCUAACCAUGAAGAAAGUGCCCCUCGCUUACAGCAAUGGCAGCAAAGACCAAGGUGGCUACCUGUGCCAUGCUUGCGUGCAGCAGCGUCUCGGCCCCUUGACACAGCUAACUGUUUCACCUGAGCUGGUCCUGACCAUGGAUGUCGUCGAUGAAGCGUUAGAAAUUCCGAGGCACGUUGCUGUCCUCUAUGACCUGUUUUGAAAACAGGAAGGGGUUGGUUUUAUGUCCUAGAUCGGGCUCCGACGUGUUGGAAGUGAGGAGGUCUGUAGCUAGCAUCUCUGUAUUGUUACUGAGGUCCUUGGAGAAAUGAAGUUGAUGGUCCUUGGACAAGCUCAUCAGAAGAAGGACAAGACAAGAGCUGUUCAUGAGGACGCUGUGAAUAAGGUCUGGGGUUAUCCUUCUGUUACAAGAGGGUACCGUGGCCGAUGUAUGUUCCAAGUGGCUGUCUAUUACGUUUCACUGUAAGAAACCCGGACUGCGUAACUUGUACAAUACUAGAUGCAUUUGGACUUGACAGAUUUUCUUUCUGAACAUUGGCACGCUUGUCCCACAUGUUGCCCCUCAGGGUGGCUAGUUUCUGUCAGUGAUGCACAUUCAGGUGACUGGCUUUUAUGAUUGCCCAGACUUUUUGCAAUAUUUAAGCUUUAUCCCAAUGCAUUCUGGUCACUGGGCAAACUGAGACGAACAUGCAAAACUAAGGGAGAUGAUGUAAAAGCAUUUUAUUACUAAUGAAAGAACUCAUUCCUGGAGUUAAUUUUCAUAGGGCUAAUCUCAUCUCCGGGGAGGAAUAGCUGACUUCCCGUGCAUCAAGUCGAGAACGUCUUUUUUUUUAACAUGUAAUCUUUGGGUGUUCCCCAGUCUCUCCAUCUCUGCCUCUUUCUCUCAUCCUUGGUUCUCUCUUCCCCGUACAAACAAACAAAAUCAGUUCUUCAUUUAAACCUCAGGAUGAUGAUCGUAGAGAACCAGAGUGUCUUAUGCUGUGAUCAAGUACGUAAUAAAAACAGAAGCCUGUUUAUAUUAAACA